AUGGACGUCUACGACUAUGUGUUAUUCUCUAUCGGAGGAUUUGUAAACUUCUUCAUCAACAUCAAGCAGAAGUAUAACAACGUGCUGUACGUCUUAAAGAUCCAGAACGUGCACAGGAUCCUCAAGUUGAACGAGCGUUGUUUCAAGCGCUCCAUUAUUGCUAACUGGAUCUGUGUACUCGCCAUCAACUGUUUCCAUAUCUCCUGGACGUUAAUUUACUUUUUUACCUUCAAUGAUUACACUCUGCUGACUUUCUUAUCUCUAACAUGGGUGAUAAAAAAUCUCCUGAUAAUCACAUUUUUGUGCGUGGAGUGUGAAAAGUACUACUCGGCAAUCAAAGAAGUUGAGAGAACUUGCUCACAGAUGACCACAUCAGCAAAGGCCUCAGAAAACCAAAAAUCAUUCUGCAAGAACAUCCUGCGAGUUCAACACGCGACGUUCAACAAACUGCGAGUGUGCGGUCUGUUCGCAGUGGACGCGUCGCUGCCGCUGCGUGUGAUCGCAUUCAUCACUACCUACACCAUCGUCUUGUUACAGUUCGUGUUUCUAUAA